UCAACAGGAAAUAUUUUCUUCCAUAUUUUCUUUUUCUUAAAAAAGUCACUUAAAGAUAUAUCAUAUGGGGAAAUAUAAAAAUCUAAGUAUUUAGACAAGACUUGUUAUAAAGGAAAGAGACUGGCAGAAAUUCCCCAAAUACAAAUAUUGAGAUAAAGCCAUUGGAGGAGGAUUUAAAUGGUAUAUGAAGAACAAAAUUAAGCACAAUGUUUAAACCUUCUGAUUUACAUCAAAAAGCGUUGUCAGAAUAUACACAAAUGUCACAGACAGAGUUCAGGACCCAGCAGAUAAAUAACCAGCAGACUCCUGGGCAGUCAGAUCCUUCAUUCUUACCCCAAGGAACUGUUAUCAGACAUUUAACACCAUGGCAGAAUACUGAAAAUCUGCAGCAAAAUGGCAAUGUGGAUAAAGUCCUUGAGCUGCUUUUACAAAAUAUGCGCUUAAUACAAAAAGAAAAUAAAGAUCUUAAAGACCACUGUGCUCAUUUAGAACAAAAGAUAAGACUAGAUGAGAUGAGAGUUACACCUACAAGCAGCAAGGAGCCGGUAUUAAGAUCAAAAUCUGCUCCAGAAAGUUAUGACAAACUACAAGAUACGAGAAAGGUAUCGUCACCAGAAAUAUUUUUAUUUCCUGAUACGAAACAAAGAACUGACAAAUGGUCUUCAGACAAUAGAAGUCAAGGUAGUUCAGUGCAUGUAAGUGCAGAUGGAGCUAGCGGGAGUAUCGAGGAUCCCGGCUCUCUCUCCUCCGGAAAAUUGUCCUCCUCCGAUAGAGAUUCAAGUGAAUUCCUCAGUUUAAGAGAUAGUUUUCAGGAGCCUCCUGGUGUUUCAGCACAGUAUUUCAACAAUGUUAUUAAUGAGUUAAUGAAAACCAAGAGUAUACUGCAUAAUCUACAAAUGAAACAGAAAACACAGAGUGAUACUGCAACAAAUGAAAAAGAAAUGGAUAAAAUGAGAAAUGAAAUACAACAGCUCCGUUUUUCCAAUCAGAAAUUACAGCGACAUCUUCAAGAAAAAGAGGGAGAAAUAGAUCAACUAAAGCAGCUGCAUGUGAAAGAUGAAAGCUUUGAGUUGAGCUCAGAGAGUGACUCAGCAGAGCAAUCUAAGACUGAUAGUGAUCCAAGUUCCCAAGGAUCCACUGAAGCAGAAAUUCUAAGAUUAAGAGAAGAAGUUGAAGAACUUACAAAGACGAAUCAACUGAUCAAAGAUGAAAAGGAGGAAUUGGAAAACAUGUUGAUAAAAGACAAAGCAGACAUGAAAAGAGAGCUUAUUCAGAAAAAUGAAGCCUAUGAAGCAUUAGUAGAAAAUGUUAAGAUUUUAAGUACCUGUCUGCAAGAAGAAAAAGCUAGGUUUAGGAAUGCUGAUGAAAGACUUAGAAUAAAAGCAGAUGAUACAAGGAAGAUGUCAGCUCAGCUUGGCUCACUUAGACAACAGUAUGAAGAACUUCGCCAAGAAAAGAAUGCUCUAGAGAAAACCCGCUCGCUGGAAGAUUUCCCAAGUUUAAGAUUUACAUCACAAAGAACAGUGUCUUCUGAAAGGAACAGAUCAGGUGGCAGUAAUCGGUCGAGAGAGAAUGCACGAUACGGCUCCAGUCACUCAAACACCUCUCCGUAUAACUCAAGAAACUGUGGUUUAAACAUACACCCAGAAAACAGACCACAUAAAAUAUUUCAAAAUAAUCUGUCACUAGGAGAUCAAGAUGAACAAAAGCUGUCAAAUAUUCCAGGCUGGGAAUGUCCUCGUUGUUGGCAAACUUUCCAAAUGGAAAAUGUUUACCUAAUGCAUUUACAAUCAUGCAUUGAUUGAGAAUUUUUUCCUGUUUAAUAAAACAUUUACAUAAUCAUGUUUUACCUGACAUACAGUAUUGGAUAUAAUUUGUCUUGAGAAAUCUUUUGUUUUCUAAUUAAUAGCAAACAGAAAAAAGCAUUUUUGAGGGAAUUAACUUUCUCCAAUUAUCAAAGAUAUGACAAUUAACAUUUAGCCAACUGAAAGUGAUAAGCCUUUGCCAGGUCAGCAUGUAUGAAGUUUGAUGAGGCUAUAUACUGUUAGUAGCUCAGUUUUUGUACAUGCUGAAAUUCAUUAAAUGGACUGUUCCACAUUUAAGACAAGACAGAUCCAUUACAAAAAUGCAGCAGAUAAACAAGUCUAGAUUUAAACAUUUUUAUUCACUUGCAAAUUUUGCGAGUACAAUAAAUUUUAACCCACUGAAACCAAUCAGAACUUUUUUUUCAACAUUGUAUUAAUAUCCAUGAACUACAUAUAUCUGUUUAUUUUGUAAUUGCUUAACGUAAAAAACGUAUAUGCAAUUAGUUAAAUAUAAGCCAUGUACAUGUAUGCUAUCUAAUAAAGUUUUUUAUAUCCAUUUGUAAUUAUAACAAAAAAUCACCAAUGGUAGACAAUAAUAGCAGUACAAACUGGCAGGACUGUGCAGUUUCGGACAUCAAUUAGCAUAAAAAAGACCAUCACCUUGUUUCUUACUGAAGUUGAGAAAGUGCCUCAAAGUUGUCAUUUAUUGAACUUGUCUAAGACCAUUCUGAUGUUUUGUAAAGAUCCUUGAUAGCUUCUCCUACCUGUAAAAGGAACACUCUGAUUGGCUAACGAUAGUAAAUGAAACCUAUAUGGAAAGAUACCUAGUCACUGGAUAGCUUAGGAAAUAAUGUUUUCAGCAAAGUUAAUUACAUGUAUUUUGAAAGGAGAAUAAUUGGAAUAAACAAGGCACAAUUUUUGCCUUUGAUGAUGACAUUUUUAUUAAUAAUUCAUGUCUUUUUACAAAAUCUUACCAAGUUAUGUUCUUUAACUGCCUGCUUCAUUUGCAAAAGUUUGCAAAUUAAAAGAAGAGUUACUCACAUUUUUCUUUUUUUCAUUUGCAUUUUGCAAUUGCUAAAUUUAAACUUGGAUUAAGUGUUAAACCUGUAUAUCUAGAUAUAAGAUAAAUACUGGUGUAUGAAAUUUCAGAAACUGCUUAUAAUAAAUAUGUAUCUCUGUAUAAAGUAAAUUUUGAGAAAAUCAAAAUUAUCUAAAAAUAUUACUGUUUUUAUUUAUCUAAUUAUCGAGGCGUGCCAUAUUGUUUUGCAAAUAAUGGUCAGUCAGAUGCUGAUGUGUGAGGACCAAUGUUAUGGAGACCUUGAAUGUGAGAAUGCUUUUUUGCUCAAUAACUACAGAACUAUAUGACAUAAGCUUUCAAACCUUAUAAGAUGAUUACCCUUAUUGAAUAGAAGAUUCCUAUUAAUUUUGGAUGCCCAUGCUUAAUGGUCAAGGUCACAGUGACUGUGAAAACCAUUUCCACUUAAUAACUAGAGAACUAUUUGAUGCACACCGUUCCAACUUUAUAGGAUGAUUAAUCUCAUUGAGUAGAAGGCCUCUGUUUUUGGGCAUACAUGCCUUGAGGUAAAUGUCAGUGGCCUUGAAUGUGAAAAUUGUUUCUGCUCAAUAACUAGAGAACCAUUUCACUUAAACUUGAUUAGAUGAUUACUCAAACUUCAUGGGAUGGCCAUUCUCAUUGAGUAUAACACCUAUUGUUCUUGGGCACAAAUGCAUGAAGGUCAAGGUCAGUGGCCUUGAAUGUGAUCAAUCACUAGGGAACCAUUUGACCAAAAGCCAUAAAACUUCAUAGGAAAAUCACCUUCAUUUAGUGGAAUGCCUCUUUGUUUGGGUGCAGAUGCAUAAAGGUCAAGGUUACCAUUUCCACUCAAGGAUAUAAGAACUUUUUUUCAAACUUCAUAGGAUUUGAACCAUUCAAUGUUGAGUAACAGACACUUAAUAUUUUCAUGCACCAACGUGUGAAGGUCAAGGUCUUUAAAAAUUGUUUUCACUCAAUAACAAGAGAACCAACUGACCAAUAUACUUCUUACUACAUAGGAUGAUCACCCACAUUGAUAAGGUGCUUGUCAAGUUCAAAGUGAUCCUGUGAAAACUUUAAUCACCUAUAUUCACUUUUUUAGCUCACCUGCCACAGAGUGACAAGUGAGCUUUUGUGAUUGCAAUUUGUCUGGUGUCAGUCCAUCCAUCGUCUGACUGUCUGUAAAGUUUUACUUUAACAACAAUUCCCCAUAAAUGACUGGGCUAAUUUUAGCCAAACUUCACCAUUGAAUUGCAUAGCAUUCAGUGACCUCCAAAGAAACCACUGAUUUUGAAUAGCAACAAGAGACUUCUUUUGCUUAUAGUUUACUUUUUCCUUGUCAUUAAAGGUAUUUAUAUUCAGGUGAGCAAUAUUAGGGCCAUCAUGGCCCUCUUGUGUUUUAUUAUCUCCAUCAGUUUUUAGUUUAGCAUGGUUAAAGCAAACUAUAAAGAUACAGUUAUGUAUUGACAAAAGGGAAAAAAAAACGAGGUGAAUAUGACAAUAUGCUCAUUUUAUUAUAUUGUGCCAGAAAUGAUUUUGACUGUUUAACACCUAUCAUUAAAUCAUCAAUUUCUCUGAGACUUUCAUACAGAUAACUUAUUCUUACUACCCAUUACAGGUACAUUGGAGUACAUGAGCCGCGUCAUGACAAGUGGGUAUGCGUCCAGCAAGGAUCCAGACUAACCUGCGUGUCCGCGUAGUCUUAUCGGGAUCCAUGCUGUUCGCUUGCCAACUCUAUUACAAGUAGAGAAACUGAUAGCAAACAGCAUGGAGUCUGAUCAGACUGGUCUGCAUCCAUGCCGGUCGCAAACGCAUUACGUUGGUUUUUUCAUGACGCGGCUCAUAUAUUGAUAUUCCUUGUUAUGUUUGCCUCUAUUGUUGUACAUCAAUGUAUGGUCAAAGUUAUAUGAAAUACAUAACAUGUUUUCAUUUGUAUAAAUUUGAAAUUUUCAUAUUUUGUCAUGCUGUUUACAUGAGUUAUAAAUGCAGUUAAAGAUAUGUUAACUAUAUAAAAUGUUUUAUAUCUAA